UGCAAUAGUACUUCACUGCGCCAUUUUUGAUGGCAUUCAUCAUUCAGUCGUCAAACCAUCGGUGCAAAUUUCAUCCAACAUCAUCUCUUGGUUGAGUCGGCAAGGCUCAAUUUUCAUCAUGACUGACGGUGGACCGUAUAUCGGGAGUACAAUUAGCCUGAUUUCACAAUCAGAGAUUCGUUAUGAGGGGUGUUUAUACUCAAUUGACACAGUGAAGUCCACGGUAACUUUGUCCCAAGUUCGGUCAUUUGGGACAGAGGGACGAGAAGCUCCAAGGACUGUAGUAGCAGGAGAUGAGGUGUACAGUUUAAUCAUCUUCAAAGGGAGUGAUAUUAAAGAGCUUCAUGUUUGUGAACCACCUAAACCUCAGAGUAACAUCGCCCAAGAUCCUGCCAUUCUACAGCAUUCUGCUGCUAUUCCUAGUUCACAUAGCACUGCUCCGGGAUAUCAUCGAGGGCCUUCAUUCAAUAAUGCUCAAGGACAGUAUAGCUCGUAUAAUAGGAUGCCUUACAAUCAGUAUGGCCAUAUCGGAGGAGUCAUGCCUGGAUUCUUUGGGGGUCAACCAAGCCACCCUCCUGGAUUAUCUGGUCACACUACCCCACCACCGACAAUGACACGCCGCUCACCGACCAUGGAACAAGGUGUACAGGCUUCCGGUCCAAUCAGUCCCCAGAAAGACACCAAGGCGUCUACUAAGGUCUCCGCAGCUGAUAAGCACCAAUCCAAAGACAGAGAGGAACAAGGUCUUCCUCAGCGAAGCCAGCAGCAGCGACGAAGAGGCUCCAAGGAGGAGAAACCAAACCAGAAGAAGGAGAUCCAUCGACAGGAGGGGAAGGAUAAGAAACCUGAGAACAAGGUUGAGAGACCAGAGAGGGGUGAGAGAAUCGAGAGAGGGGAACGAGGAGAAAGAGGAGAGCGAACAGACAACAGAGGAGAAAGAGGUGAUCGGGAUAAUAGAGGGCGGUCUUCACAGGGUCAAAGACAGAACUGGCAAGGUUACAAUCAAAACAGAAGAGGAAGAGGGCGUGGCCCUCGAUCGCCAGGUGUCAAGGAAAAGGUCGGCAGUGAUUUUGAUUUCUCCAAUGCCCAGUUUGAGAAGAAGACACUAGAAGAAGAGUUUACUGAGAAGCUGAAAUUAGAUGGAUCAUCUACAGUGAAUGGUGACGUAGUGAAGGGUACUGAGGAUUCUGGGAAUGAGACCCAGCCUAGUGAUGCUCCUGAGGAAGAGGAACCUUACUACGAUUCUUCCAAGUCCUUCUUUGAUAAUAUCUCUAGUGACUUAAAGGGGCAGCGACAAAAUUGGAAGGAAGAACGCAAGAUGAACUGCGAGACCUUUGGCAUUGCCUACGCCCGUAACCGUGGUCGUGGAGGUUACUACCGUGGGUACUAUCGUGGGGGUUAUCGUGGCAACUAUCAAGGAGGUCGAGGUCAGAGUCGAGGUGGGCGUUCAUAUAGAAGCAACCGAGGAAGAGGAGGCUGGAGAAAUCAAGGAGGAUGGAAUGACCAUGCUAACGACACAAACCAGCAAAGUGAGAUCACAGUUAAGACUGAACAAGCAACAGAGGCCACAUCAUAAGACACUAACUGAAGUCUGCUUAGCAAGGAUUUAUACCAAAGGAUAGAUGAGGCACUCCAACCCACCCGCCAGGAAUGCAAGAAGCUUCCCCUGGUCUUUACUUUCAUCUCUCUCUAGUUCUCUUUCUAUCCAAUGAGCCAGUUGGGAGUUAAGCCGGCCUCAGGUUGACCUACGAUUUUCUUAUGCCCGCACAAACUGUCGGCAAUGCGCAGAUAAAAUAUGCUCAGGUCACAACAACUGAGAAAUCAUGCGCCUGCUAUUUGUUCCCGACCGUUGGGAUCACGCUGACAAGUUGAAAUUGUUCUACUCUUGCAAUUGUUAAUUUUUUUGAGUGGCGACUGUUUCAGAUCGCCUUAAAAUCAUCGCAGUUACGCUCAGGUCGUAAAUAAUCGUGAUGAUCUUAGCUGAUGAUCUUAGCUGAGGCGCAGUGUGAUCAUGAAAAGUCAGUCGUCGACUGUUUUUUUGUUUACGCAAGGUCAACCUGAGGCCGGCUUUAGAUUUGAAUAAAGUCUUGUACAAUGACUUGCUUAGUAACAAGUUACUGCUUAAAUUGGAAUACCUCAGACUGUAGAAAGUUGCUGUGUCAAAUGGUUUGGCAUGCUUUUGUAUUCCAGAUGAGCAAACCCUUGAACCAUACACAUUCAUUCACAGUUGUGUGUGAGUUUUGCCAUCUUGUAGUUAAAUAUGCAUAAGCUUGCCUGAAUCAUGUUGCAUAGCAACUAUAUCUAUAGUUACUUACAAUCAAGUAUUUUAUUGUGCUUGACAAGAUUCAAACCUAACAGUUAUGGCUGAUUCUUCUUCUGUUUUUGACUAAUUUAUUACCCUGUGUAACAAUGAGAGUUUGUGUGUACGAUAUACACCGUCUAGUUUUGCUGGAUCUCGUUCUUGAGAUUUUUCAAGAUCAACUUCUUGAUCUGAUGGCACUUCUUUAAGUGUUGAUUUGGAAUGCCUUAUUAUGUCAACAUGUCUCCUAUUUUGUUUAUUUUUGUUUUGGAAUUAUAAUAAUUGACUCUGAGGUACUUGUUUUGAUAAAGGAAUUUGAUAAAAAAAGAAAGAGUUCUUUAAAAAGCCAAUUCGCACAAAUGAAUUGCUUAAAAGCCAAUUUGCUUCACAAAAUACUUUGUUCAAUGCCAAUUAAUUUAUUUAUAAAGUUUGGAUGAUGUAGUUGCCUUUAAAUACAAUAGAGUGGUAUAUAGUGGGUUGUUAAAGUUGCUUUUGCCCGUUAAGAAUGGACAAUUUGUUUGAUAACUUUUUGUUGACAACACUGGACAUGAAGAAAAGCUGUUUUAGACAAAAAUAUCCUCUGAAAUAAUUUGAGACAAAAGUCUGGUUGCAAGGUGCAAAUUUAAGAUUGGAAUAUUUGCCUGGUAGUGUCACUGCUUAGCCUGCUAGCAAUCUAGUCUGGGUAAAGAAAGCCUUAUCGUGUGCUCUUUUGUUAUGAUAUACAAAUUUGAGGGCCCUGGAAUUUGGUUAGUAUGCUUAAAUGGCACCAAGGGUAUUGUCACUCCGGGUAAUUUGUACAGGCAGCCUAGAAGCAACUCUACUGCAUAAAGAAAUAACCAACUGUAAUAGCCCAAGGGCCAUGUGUUGUCACAGCAGUGAAUUUUCAGGCAACCAGUUCCAGGCAGUCUCCAAGAAGAAAAAGCAUUUGAAUGUACACAUAUGUGUUGCAGGUUGUCUGUAAAAUUGAUUUGUGUGACAUGAACAUUGAUGGGCACCACUUAAAAAACAGAAAUAAUGAUCAAGAACUGUUUGAGUGUAAGACCGCCCGGUUGAUGGGUUAUAUUUUGACACGGUUUAUUUAGGGUAGCUUACAGAUAACAAAUGAGGAAUCUUUAGUGUUGCAUGUAAGGUGAGUUUAACAAACCUAUUGAUGAUGUACUGGACUAGUGUUGGAGUUGUUGUAUUUGACAAACAAUCCACCAACAAACCCAGUGUUAUCGCAUUAAAAUCCUGAAUUUAACUACUGUUGUAAAACACUCCAAAAUCUUCUUGUUAUUCAUGCGUAAUCCUCCACACAUUCAACAUCAAGUGAAGCCAAUUUUAGAUGCAUGUAAAAAGUCCUGAAACCAUGUCAACAUUAUAAAGCUACAUCUGGGUUGCUGUUCCAUCAGGAACUAAGUAUAGGACGUCUUAGCAACAGACGUAGCUGUAGCCACAGUCUGUGUUGCCGCAAACAGGCUAGCUGCCAUUAGUCAAUGAAAUUUGCAAAAGAAGACCAUGUAAACUACCAAGGCUUUAUCUUAUUCCGCGAUACUACUUAAAUACUGUAAUUAGACGAUUAUUUUUAUCAAUUUUCAUAUUAUUUGCUGCUAUGAAAAAAAAGAGGAUUUUUUUGAGUAAUAUUGUGAGCACAAUUGAAUAAUUCCCUGCAUGCCAAGUAGGCAUGUGAUAUUUUAUUUGAUCUUUAAACAAGUGAUGAUGAUUGUCUCUCCAAAGUGUGUGUAAUUGUAAACUCUUUAGUUUGUCUCUGUGGGUGGUGUUAACAUUGGAAACAUAUUCAUUAUCAGAGAAAGUCAAAGCUUUGUUUUUAAUGUGAUGUUACAAAACAGAUCACAGGUUGAAAGGAGCUUUAGAUUUGAUACAUCAAGUCCAUUUUAUGAUAAAUUUGUUGUAUUCUUGUCACUUGUUAAGUCAAACUGAUUUACAACCAAGUGUGUACAGGUAAAGCUACUCCAUGUAUAAAACAAUACAUGUAAAAAGUACCUAUCCAAUAAGAAAUUGUUACUCGGGCAUUAAGUGUUGGAGGUAAAGGCAUCAUCAGUGGCUAUGGAUAGUUGCUUGUAGCCCCUGCCAACAGCUCCAGAUAAAGUCAAUAGAUUUGUCACUGGCUUUUAUUUCUAGAUUUAAAAAUAUUUGGUACACGUAUUUGUUAAUUAAAAUAUAUAUAAAACAACAUCGGUUGUCUAACAGAUUUUGUUUUAAAUCAAUAAAUUUUCUGUCUUGUAUGAAAUUGUUUAUAUCUUUUUGCCUUUGCUGUUGACAUGGGUGUUAUAGGCCCAUUGAAACAAAUUGUAAAUUAUUAGGAUUUCCAAAGGAAAAUGAGGUCCAUAUUUACAUUUUCAAGUUAAUAAAUUGAUUGUGAAUUAACUUGAUUUGAUUAAUGACUUUGGAUACAUG